AUGCGGAGGGUACUGGGGACAGCAGCAGGACCGCGGACACUCGCACGCCUUCCGGACGCCCCCAGCCCCGUGAGGCGCCCAACAUCGCCCCCGGCCCCUCGCUCUCUGGCGCGCGCGCAGGCACCCCCAAACUACGCUGAAGCCCACACUUCCUGGGGGAAAAGGAAAAGGAAAAGGAAAAGGCGCAGCAGCUUCCCAGUAGGACGCUGUCACCCCCCUGUGCUGCGCGCGGUGCUGGAGGCGCUGCAGGCAGGGGAGCAGCGCCGGGGCACGUCGGUGGCAGCCAUCAAGCUCUACAUCCUGAAAAAGUACCCAACGAUGGAUGUCCUUCGCUUCAAGUACCUGCUGAAGCAGGCGCUGGCCACUGGCAUGAGCCGUGGCCUCCUUGCCAGGCCCUUGAACUCCAAAGCCAGGGGGGCCACUGGCAGCUUCAAAUUAGUUACCAAGCACAAGAGGAAAAUCAAGCCUAGGAAGAUGGCCCCUCCGAAGGCCCCUAGGAGAGCGGGUGAGACCAAGGAGAAGGUCCCUAAGAAACCAGAUGAGGCCAAGGAGGAUCCUCCCAAGGCAGACAAGGUGAAAAAGGCAGCCAAGAGGCCAGCAGAGGUGCAGAAGUUUCCUCUCAAGCCAGGUGCAGCCACAGAAAAAGCUCGCAAGCAAGGCAGCAAGGCCAAGGACACCAAGGCACAGCCAGACGAGGCUCAGAAGCUGACCCCCAAGCCAGACAAGGCCAUGCGGGCCCCUUCUAGUGCCAGCGGGUUCAGCAGGAAGACAGAGGCCAAAGGCAGCAGGAGGAUCCAAGGAGAUGCUGAGGCCUGCAGGAAAACCAAAGCCGGGAGUAAGAGUUCAAGACCCACGGUCAGCAAGGUCAAGAAUGGUGCUGCUUCCCCAACCAAAAAGAAGUUGGUAGCCAAGGCCAAGGCCCAGGCCCCGGCCCCUAGAGGGGCAGCUGCCCCCAUGGCUGGGCAGGGGCGGAAUGCCAAGGGUGCUUCUGCUAAGGCCAGUGGGUCCAAGGUGGUGCCUGCACACCUGUCCAGGAAGACAGAGGCCCCUAAGGGCUCGAGAAAGGCUGGGCUGCCCAUCAACAUCAAGUCCUCAUCAUCCAGAGUGUCCAGCCAGAGGACUGAAGCUUAG